AUGAAAUUCCUUUUGGUCUUGGCCUGUCUGGUCCUCUACAUUUCCCUCAGCUCUGCCCAGGAGUGCCAGGGUCGUCCUCGUCACCCGGACUGUCAUGGCGGCAAGGACGAAGGAGUUCGUCAUAAACACCAUUGCACUAAUAGCCAACCCAAUGAGGAGAUGUGGUACUACAACCGUCACACAAAUCAAUGCUUAAAGAUGAGGUACCUUGGAUGUGGUGGCAAUAACAAUCGCUAUUGCUCCUUGGUCAGUUGUCAACGGGCCUGCAUUCGACGAUCCUAA